AUGAAGAAAAGUUACAAAUAUAUCAGUGAAAAGAUGAAAGCUACGAUUUUGAAUGGUUACAAUAUUGCGAGCGAUGGUACUACUGGAACUCUUUAUCCUCUACUCACAGGCAAAUCCGAGUUUGACUUAAAAGAUCCAAAUGAACUGGGAACAUCACGUGACAAUCCCAACGAUUUUAUUUUUAACCUGAUAAAAGAGCAUGGGUACAGAACAGCGUAUUUCGACGAUACGGGCUUGGUAUCAACACCUUACCAGUUUAAGUUUCCGAGCCCUCCAGCUGACCAUUACCUCCGUCCGUAUUCCUUGGCCCGCCGCAAUGGGAAACCACAACGUUCACUCUCCCAUCACUGCAUAGAAUCUGUACCUCAAUACCAGAUGCUGAUGCAUUUAGUUGAAGACUGCCUACAGCUAGAAGGAAAGAAGUUUAUAUUCAGCGUAAUAGAUGACCUAUCGUAUGCGAACUACACGUUUAUUCCAUCAGCUGAUGAUAGUUUGCUAGAUUUUCUUAAGACGAUGACGGCACGAAAAGUUUUAGAAGACACUUUGUUGAUCGUUACGGGAGACCAUGGACCUAGAUACUCGCCAGGCAGGAGCUCUCAUCAGGGUAUGUUAGAAGAAAGACUUCCCUUCAUGGCCAUGAUGCUGCCUCAAAAACUGGUAAAAGCUAAACCAUCGGCUUUGAAGGCUUUAGUGAGCAACAAGGAUGUCUUGACAACACCUUUUGAUAUUUACGUAACGAUGUUAGACGUACUAGGAGUUGAGGAAGAGGGACCGCCACUUGGAAUGCCAGGGUUUAACAUGCCAAGAGCAUUGAGCUUGUUGACACCAAUACCAAAGACCCGUACGUGUGGAGAGGCUGGUAUCAUGCCACAUUGGUGCACGUGUGGGACUUGGACCAACGUGUCCAAAACGAACCCAUUCUACCAUCAAGUUGCGAAUAAUCUUGCAGAGUUCAUAAACAGCUUGAGCGAUGAGGAACGAUUCCAAUGUUUACAAAGGACUCUAAAAACUACGGAAUGGGUCGUGCAUCAGACUGCCGCAGAUUACCAAUCCAAACUGUACAAUUAUUUCCAGAAACAGCAGUUGUCUAUUAAUCAAGCGCAUUCUGGCGAUGUAACGUCUCUCGAUGACUAUUAUCAACUUAGGAUUGUAAUGGAACCUGGCCACGCCAUAUACGAAGGCACUAUGAUCUAUAUUCCUGCCAAAGAUUUCUUUAUGAUAACCGAGAGGGAUGUAUCCAGAGUUAACGCGUAUGGUGAUGAGUCAAGUUGCAUCACUGAAACUCAUCCCCAUUUAAGUAAAUAUUGCUAUUGCAAUAAUACUGCUCAUUUUAUUAUUCAUAAAAAAUAUAAACCUAAAAUCAGUGAUGAUUUGUUCAGAUUUAGUUUUUUGUGA